AUUUCAUGACGUCACAUUAUACGCAUGCGAAAACUUAUUUGCAAUUGCAGUAUUUAUUUAAAGUUAACAUCAAGGUAGAAGUAUAAAAUACAGACAAAACAAAGAAUACACCAGAAAGAGUGCGAGUAUCAUGCUUGGGCAUAAGAACAGCCAUGACGGAAGGGCGUCCGCUGUAGGUAAAAGAGUCGAGGCACAAUUCCUUUCUGUUUUACAGCCAAAGCCAUUGAAGUAUUGCGACUGUCCGAAGCGUCAGUGGAAGGUCAAUGAGACAUUCCCCAGCAUCAAGACGCCAAGACAUCUGCUGCAGACCAACAGAUCACACGGGCCAGUCGCCAAGAAGCCGCGAUUCCUGGAACAGCUGGAGAACUUCCUGAGGAGAGAGUUACGGCACUUGAACGCCUUGGACGGAAAACCCAGCGAGCUCAGACUUCAGGCGCACCGGCAGGUCUUCGAGAGUAUGAUCGAACAUUUCCGCACCUACAGACCGCUCCUGGCGGCCAUCAAAAACGAGUACGAGAUGAUGCUGGAUUAUCACAAACGACGAAUACGUGAACUCCAACCACUACAGGAAGCGAUUUUUACGAGGAAGGAGCAGCAUCAGAAACAGCUAAUGGACUUCAAGCAGGAGGAGAGGCGAGUAAUCGCCGACCUGAAGAAGGAAAGUCGAAGGAACUUGAACGAGUUGUCUGAGGCGAACAUCGAGAAACUCGACCUUGAGAAGCAGGUGGAGCGACUCAAGGAGCAAGUGGAGGAGGAGAACCGGAAGUUCCGCGAAAACAACGACAGGCGCAUGCUCCUUCUGGCGGAAAUCUCCAGUUUGCGCUUCGUGCCAGAAUUAUACUUUUGAGAUGUCCAGCUGAGACCUCCAGUUUUACCCACUAUAGGAGUUAACGUUAUGACAAACGAUAUACACGUUGAAAACUGUGUUGUUGUUUUUUCGAAGAAGAAGAAGAAGAAGAAGAAAUAAAUAAAAGACAAAACAAAAAGCGAUACACAAAAAAGCGCGGGAAACCAAUCCAAUCCAUUUGGUUGGUUCGUUUUCGUUUUGGUGCAGUUUGCUUUGAUUUUAAUGAAUCAUUAAAGAGACCGUCCUGGCUUUAGAUAUUACUUUAACGACUAAAAUUACGUAUUAAAUACAUGUUUUUGUUUAGACUAUCGCAGUGUCUGAAUAUUAAAUAGAUAUUUCUUAUCUUCUUAAUGUUUGUAGUAGAUCAAACUUCAUUUUAUUUCCUAGUGUAUAAUUUAACGUAGGCCUACUAGCGAAAUUAUUGGCAGGGAUGAAUCCAUUUUAGGCUACUACUACUAUUGUUUUAUAAUAAUCAUGUCUCUUUGAUUUUGUGAUAUUAGGACAUAAUGUAUUUUUUAAGUAUGAAUCAUGAAUCUCUUGAAAGCUGAUAAUUACCAGUUUAAAAAAUUUCCUAGGCAUUUGUUUUACCGGUUGACAAUAAUUUUAUUAAUUUUGGUGCGUUAACAUUUUAGCAAGGUGUAUAUAUAUAUACACAUUCAAAAUGUCACAUAUUUUAAAAUCCAUUAUAAAUGAAUUAUUGUAUUAAAGCAGGCACGUAUCGGGGGGGGGGGGGGGGGAUGCUGGGGGUGCACAAAUUUAGAUGUAUCUCCCCAAAACGCAAGUAUUUAGAAGGUUAGUAAAAUAUAUAAACACUUACACUGUAAAAUUAGAAGAGUGAAACACAUAAACUGUAAUAAUACCUAAAUGUAAAUUUAUAUUCAGAUUAGUUUCAAAUAUUAGCAAAAACGUGAUUGCAUCCUGAAUUUUAGAUUCUCGGUUUUUAUACUUCUUUAUUAACAGACAUCGUUUAGUGCUGUUCUUACCACAAAAAGAAUAAAUUAUAAAAAUGAAUAUAGAUCAAAAUGUACAAUAAAUACAGUGUAAAUAAGUAAGUAGGUAAGUAAAUAAGUAAGAAAGUAAGUAAAUAAAUUGUAAAACAAUAUAUAUUUGUAGAUCAGGAUGUACAACAAAUACAUUUGUAAGUAAGUAAAUAAUAUAUAUAUAUAAUGUAUGUAUGUAUGUAUGCAAAACGUGAAUCAAUAAAACAUUAUAAACUUGUAAUCAUAAAAAUGAAAUACAGGAUUGAAACAAUAGGCUUAUAGUGUUAAAUAUUAACUCAGUUAGGUUUUGGAGAAUAAUGGAUCUAUCAACAUAUUGAUUUUAAACGUUCAUCUGACAUCAAACUGUUAGAUCAAUCACAAGUUGGUCAGAUCUGUUGUUCUCCAAAAUGUUCUUAUUACAAUUUUCCUAUUGUAUAUCAUUUAUAUAUUAUUUAUUUACUUGAGCAAAUAUAUUUCUUCACAUUUUAGAAUUAUUUUUCUCACUAUGCAUAUUGUCUGUUAGCUUACAGUUUAGCUAUCAAAACUGGCUGAUAGCAAAAUAUUGAUAGAUUGUGCAAAAUGCUGUGUAUGCGUUAUUGGCACUGAUUAAUUUCAUUAUAUAUUAGUCUGCUAUUAAUAUUAUUAUAUAUUAAUUUAUGAAAUUGUUUUACCAUGCCAUUUGAGGGAAAACCUUCAUUUUUUAAUGUUUGUGAAUUGUUCACCGCACAUAAUAAAACGUAUAUAAUAUUAAACAGUAUGUAGUUGGGUUUACAUUUUACAUUAUGCUACAAACAGUUAUACUUAAUAUUUAUUUGGAUUCUUAUCGGCUCAUAUAAUUUUAUUUAUUGGGUACAUUUACACCAUUAUUUACUUUUAUAUAUACAUAAUAUAUUGUGUGUUGUAUUGGUGAGCUUUAUAGCGUAUAUUAAUAAAUGUACAACUACUUU